AUGGCAAGGGUUAGCACUUUUGACCUAUACAAAAAUGUUAGAAAGGUUUUAAAUACAUCUGGGAGUAACUUGACUGACUUUUGCAAUGUGAUAUCUAAGUUGACUAGAGAUAAAUCUAAGAGAUUUGUAAUAAAUUCUGUGGAUUCCAUUUUCGAAGGAAUCAAAAUACCAGAGAUUCUGGAACCAAAAAGCCCAAAUGAAAGUAUAUCAGUUGCUAGAUCAUUGAUUAAAGUCCCAAAGGCUCUAUUUUUACCAAGAAAUCUAGACGAAGACUCAAAAUGCCAAAACUUACCAAAGCUGUUGGAGAGCAGUUUAACACAGAUAACUGACCCGAGGGGGAAGCUUUCUGAAAUAAACUCAUUUUUCACAGAAUUGAGAAGUACUACACAAUUUUUAACAGAUAACUCACUACAAGAUAAUUAUGGCCCAUUGAGACCCUUUGUAAUUGAUUUCCUGAGAAAACAUGAGGAGGAACUUCUUGGAUAUGAAGAAUUAGGAGACAUGAAAAAACUAAGAUUUUGUUUAACUCUGAUGGAUGUACUGAAAACCCAUUCAAUGGACUCUCAAAAACUACACCAAAAGAUCAUUGAAAUAGUUGAAAAAACGCCUUCGAUAGUGAAACAAGUCCCUUUUGAAACUUUAACAAUUCUGUCGAAGUUAAAGCUACCCCAAAAUUCCAAGAAAUAUUUCAAAGAACACUUACAGUCAAUGGUGUUUGAAGAUCUUUCUACGAUAAUAAACUACUCUAGAAUGGUAUUCACACAAUUUGAUGAUAAGUCAGUGUUGGAGGCGUUUUUAUGCUCACUGAAACAUAAAUUGAGGACUGAGAAGUGUGAAGGUGACCAAUUGGUUCUUUUGUUGAGAAACUUAAAGCUUCUGAAGAAUCGACAUGCUGAUGAAGAUUUGAAUAGUUUAACUGAGUCUUUACUGGAGUUAGUUUACCCAAGAGUGUCACAAAUGUUACAUGACUCAAAAAAUAAGGUUGAUAGUGAGAACGUCUUGGCCGUAUUUGAUUGUUACAUGAGUGUGUGUAGGAAUAGUAGUAAUAUAUUUCUGAAAAACUGCGUUGACGGGUUAAUUAACUACGUGUUGGAGAACAGAGGAAUUUUCACGCCAGUUCAGCUGAUAACUGUUUUGAACCAUUUUCACACGGGAAGUAAUGGGACUAAGAUUCUGGUGAAGGGCGAGUAUCUGGAAAUGAAUGACCUGAACGAUGAACUGACAAAGUAUUUCCUUAGAGAACUGAGUUUGCUGGAGUUCAAAGAUUUCUGUGAACUUUUGUAUUCCAUUCCACUGAACGAUUACUUUAAGCUGUACCAUAUCAUGUCCUCAUUCCCACUAGGGUCCAAUAAUCCCUUAACACCAGAGGAGGAGGUUUUGAGAGUUAAAGUUAAGGAGAUUGUGAAGAGAAGGAUUAUACAUAAUUUGGACAAUAAUAAUAAUAGUCAACUAUAUAACAAGCAAAUAUCAAACAUCAUGUUGUAUAAAGAUAAUGAUAUUAACGCGUUUUUUGAGUCAAAUAUAGAGAAUAUCACCGAGACAUUAUCAGUAAAUCAGUUAAUACAAAUAAUCAAUAGUCAUAAUCAUAAAAAUCUAAAUCAAAAGGUAUUAAAUGGAAUAUUGAGUUGUUUGGAAAAAAAGAUGAUAGGAAUAGGGAAAUUAGAUGUAUUAACAAAGUUAGUUGAGAGAAACAAACUAAUAAAGACCAACUCAAACUUAACUAAUAAACUAUUCUCGAUCUUAGUUUAUAAACUAAUUAACAGUAAGAAUGGAUACGUGCAGUUGCUACAAACGUUAGCAUACCUAUCAAAUGAAGUGGAUAGUGUCCUGGUCAACAUAGUGGUACAGUAUUAUAGAAGAUAUCUGGUCCAUCUAUCAGUUUACGAUAUUGAACUUUUGUUACUGUGCAUAAACAAGUAUAACCUGGUUGAUAGUGAUUUAUUAUCACUGCUCAACCAUGUUUACGAUAUUAAUAUUUCAAAUAUACCAAAUCAAGUUUUGAUUAAUAUAUUGCAGAAUUUGAAGAAUUUGAAAGUGAGACAUGAUCCACUGGUUAAAAAGUUUACGGAUAAAUUGUUGAAUAACUUCAAGAGCUCAAAUUAUGUAAUUCAUGACUUGAUAUCACUGAUUGACAUUUUGUCGGCACUUUCAAUACCUUACAAUGAUUUGUACAUUUAUUUGUUAAACUACCUGUCAGCCGUUAGUAGUGGAGGCUCCGAGACAAAACCUAACCACUUUAACAGCCUGAAGGUUAGGGAUAAAGUUGACUUGUUGCACUCGAUUGCGAACUUUGGAAUCGUUGACCAGAACUUGAAGAAAUUAUAUCUCUCAGUAAUUGACCAGCUAUAUCCAGAAACAGAUGGAGAUGAGGCGAAAGAUUGUGAAGGAGGAUCCUUGACUCAAAAGACCAAGCCUGAUGAACCUAAGGACAACAACAUGUUAUUGAAAUUGUACGAAAUACAUAUUGACCUGGUUUUGAACAAUAUUUACAAUGACGAAGUGGAAUUUUUGGGAAAAAAGUUGGAACAGGCUUCAAAAGCUUGGUUCACAAGGCAGGAACUGAAAGCCCAUAAUUUCCAAAAAUCAAAUACAUACAUAACAGUCAAGGAAGCCCUGGAAAAGUUGGAUGUAAAAUUUGAUUCCGGAGUUACUGAAAUAUACUUUUGCAACUUCGUUAUUAAGGAGAAAGGGACUGUGAUUCAGGUGAUUCCAGUGGAAGAUGAGCUGAGGUUCUGGACAACAAACUUGGACUCAAGAAACCUAAUUGAGAAUUCAAAGAUUUUCAUGGGAAACUCACAAAAAGUAAUCAAAAACUUAAAGUUAUCGGGGUAUCAAGUAGUUGAGCUUUCGCAGUCUAAGUGGGACUCAAUGGACCAGGAAAGAACAGAAUACCUUCAAAACUUGCUAAAAUAA